CCCUCCUAUUGGCAGCAAGGUCGACUGCACGCAUCGCAAGAUACAUGUAGCUGGGGUCGAUACAAUGGCAUCAAUCCAGUACUCUCCCAGGCUCGUACGACAGCUCCUUCAGCUCCCACCAAGCAUCCGGCGAUCCUGCUUCUCAACAGCCGCAACGCCAUCCAAACCAGAUAUCUACGACCUCGUCUGUGUCGGCGGCGGACCCGCUGGCCUCUCCCUCCUCUCCUCUCUGCGCUCACACGCAUCGACCCGAGACCUCAAAGUCGCCAUCAUCGAUAGUCAAGAUCUGACGACUUCUCGUGUCGCCAACGACCCGAGUGCCUACUCCAAUCGCUGUUCCUCUCUUACUCCAGCUUCUCUCGACUUCCUCAGAAAUAACGGUGCAUGGCGGCAUGUUGACGCUCGCAGAGUACAAGGCUAUCAUGGGAUGGAAGUGUGGGACGGCGUGAGCGGUGCCAAAAUCAGCUUCGAUCCACUGGAGGCGAAAGGCGGGCUGUUGGAAACAAUCGCUGAACUGGUGCCCGGGAGUCGGUUUCAAGAGAGUGUGCGGAAAGGUGACGUUGCUGAAGAUCCGGCCGUGAUGGCGACCAUGUGCGAGAACCAGAACGUCACGUCCGGAUUGCUGCAGCGGAUCAAGGAAGUGGGAGGUGUGGAGAUGCUGGAUAAGACGAAAGUCGAGUCUAUCGAGUUCGGCCCUGAGCCUGAGGGUGAGACUGGACUCGACCUCUCGCAAUGGCCGAUCAUCACUCUUCCAAGCUCUCGCCGACUCGCUGCGAGGUUACUGGUUGGUGCAGAUGGUGCCAACAGCCCCGUACGCAAUUUCGCGGACAUCAAAAGCGACGGCUGGGACUACAACCAACACGGCAUCGUCGCCACUCUCCACCUCGAUCAUUCCUUUGCCGAGAACAACCUCCGCACCGCAUAUCAGCGCUUUCUACCCACAGGACCCAUCGCACUCCUCCCCCUUCCCGGCAACAAAGCCAGCCUCGUCUGGUCCAUGUCAACACCACUGGCGACAAAGCUGAAAUCACUCCCACCCUCCGACUUCGCGACAAUGGUCAACGCAGCCUUUAAACUCCAACAAGUGGACCUAUCAUAUCUGCUCACUCACGCAGGGAGCAAUCUGGACAUCGCCGACGAGCUCUCCUGGCGCUUACCAAACACCUCUACCGCCGCGACUGGCCUUCCACCCAGCUUCCCCAACAUCGCAGCUGUGCAGGAAGGCAGCAUAGCCUCUUUCCCUCUGCGCAUGCGCCACGCAGCAACCUACACUCGCGAUCGCGUCGCUCUAAUCGGAGAUGCGGCACAUACGAUUCACCCGCUUGCUGGACAAGGCCUUAAUCUCGGCCUGGCAGAUGCCAACUCGCUAGCAAAGCAGAUUGUGUACGGUGUGGAACACGGAAUGGAUAUUGGGAGUACCUGGUGUCUCGACGGAUACAAUGCCGACCGCUGGGCCGCGAACAACGCUGUCAUGGGCGUGUGCGACAAAUUGAACAAGCUCUACAGGACUGACAGCGCGCCUGUGGUGUUUGCACGCAGCUUGGGCUUGAAUCUGGUCAACAGUCUCAGUCCAUUGAAGGGAGCUUUGAUGGGUGCUGCCGGCGGCAAAUGAUGAAUCGGGUCUCGAAUUUUCUCACUACAUUACUCUCUUGCCGGAGCUAACAGUACAAUCCGAAAUCGACCCCUCAAGUGUCAGGCU